UUUGAAACCUAGGGUUCUGCUCCCGACCGUUGGUUCAAAGAGUGCACCAACAUAUUUCUCGUCUUCGAAGUUUCCAUCAGUUGGAGCUUUGCUGCUGAUGGUGUUGCCGCUUGAAAGUCGAGUAAAUUUCCUUGUGGGUUCUAUCUCCGAGAAUCUAAUCAAACAAUGCCGGGGGUUCCAGCAAUUGGAGAGUACACCGUCUGCGAGAUCAAUCGCGAUUUCCUGACUGCGAAAGAUGACAUUGAUAAAAGUGCGCAAGACUCUUACUGCAAAAUCUUGGGUCGCGUGUAUCCCAGCAUUCCGUAUCAGCCUAGGGAUUCAGAUGCACGUAAUAGCCAAGGUGAAGGGGAAGAUGGAGGCCCAAUUGAUGAAGACGCAGAUCAACUGAAUACGACUGAUAGCGAACCCAGUGGAUUUCUUGGCAGGCAAUUAGAAAAUGCAAAAACGCUUGUGUCUACAGCGUUGCAGAAUCUACUUUCGCAAAAUUCCCACGGCGCUCAGAAAUCAUAUUCAUUUCAAGGGAUAAGCUGGCACAUGCACCGACACUGGGUUGCGUUCAUUGGAGGCCAGGAUCAAGUCUUUGUUCACGAUUUUGAAGAUGCAGCUCCAAGGGAUCCAGCUGUACUCGCAAAUGACGUUCAUAAAGACAUCGAGUGUGUGGAAUGGAGGCCCAGUGCUGGUUCGACUUUAUCUAUUGCCUGCAGGGGAGGAAUUGCUAUAUGGAGUGCUAAUUACCCAGGAAAUAUGGCACCUGUUCGGGCCGGGGUUGUCUCCAUCCUCGGUACACCUAACCGAGGCGCUGGGGCUCGCUGGGCGCUUGUCGACUUUUUGCGAACUGGUAGCAAUGCGCCUGUUACAGCGUUAUCGUGGAGCCCUUGCGGCAGAAUGCUAGCAUCAGCUUCGAAACAUGAUUCAACCUUUACCAUCUGGGAUGUGGCUCAAGGUGUGGGGACGCCUUUGCAGCGUGGCCUUGGUGAUAUUUCUUUGCUGAAAUGGUCGCCUACAGGAGAUUAUUUCGUCUCAGCCAAAGUCAAUGGGGUAUUUCAUCUCUGGGAAACAAGCAAGUGGACAUCUGUGCCAUGGACAUCAGCCGGUGGAUCUGUUGUGAGCGCGAUGUGGAGUCCAGAUGGAAAAGUUCUUCUGGCAGCUUUUGAUCAAACAACUUCUUUGGCUGCUCUUCACUUUGCCGGCAAACCUCCCUCUCUGGAUGUACACCUGCUUCCCUUGGAUUUGCCAGAUAUUGAAGCCAUAACUGGCAGAAAUGGUGCAAUAGAAAGGAUGGCGUGGGACGGCACUGGGGAGAGGUUAGCAGUCACCUACAGCAGGGCUGUAAAUGCUAACCAUGCUGGAUUAGUGGCUGUCUUUGAUACUCGGCAGACACCUAUAGUAUCGACAUCGUUGCUGGGCUUUAUACGCGGCCCUGGCGUGGAUUCAAAACCUAUUUCACUCGCUUUCCACAACAACUUGAAGCAGGGUGCACUUUUGUCAGUGUGCUGGAGUACGGGAGUUUGUUGCACAUACCCGCUGUUGUUUAGAGGACAUGGUGGACAACUCGUGCGAGCUUAGAGUGGAUUCUCGUCUUUUUAGGCCUUUUUGCAAACUGCUGGUCACUUUCAAUUCUUCUUGAAAACUAGACGUCCUUAUGUUGAUGAUUGGAACGACUAAAGAUCAUUCGGAUCUAAACAUAUCUCAUAUGAGUUAAAUACCAUGUAAGUCUUCGGUUAGUCAGCUAGUUAAAUCGGGAGGGAUACUCUAGAUCACUAUAAAUCCCCUUAGGAACUCUUGGGAGAAUUUGAUACUGCAUUCAUUGUAAUGAAGGUGUUUCUUUGAUGUCGUCAAAAUACAUAACCUACUGGUCUUUGUAGACACCAAUAGUUCGUUAACAGAAGAUUGACUGGAUACCCUGGAUGGGGUCCAUUCUUCUUGAUCUGUAAGUACAGUCUUCAAGAGAAUUGUUGUGUUAGUGUGAAGACCUUUGUUAAAGAGAACGCGAGUCUUUUUACUGGGCCAGAGCCUUUGUCUUUCGGUUGUGUUCACAGCUGAUUUUCGAUGCUAGACGUUGUAGGACAGUUUUACCUGAGACAGUCUAGGUACUUCCGUAGUAUUGCAUAGCACACAUCGUGGUUGGAAGUUAAGUCCAUUGCGAAGACCAUUAUCUUUCUUAUUCUAUCUUCGAUCAACUUAGAAACUGAUCAAGUA